UCACUGGUGACUCUAACCCACAUCAGGUCAACGCUGUGUUAAUUCUUACCAGAAUUAGGAUUUUAUGUAGCCAAGUCGAACAUUCGGAGACCUUGCGACAAGAUAUAUAACCCCCCCCUCCCCCCUGAGGCGCAAACCUGGGAAUCCCAGGCUCGGCGUGUCACGUGACACACCUCUGACCUCCAACCUUCCCAGUGCGCGGUUGGUAUUAGCGUCGUAACGGGUCGAAUUGUUUUAACAGAUGAUUUACGCUUUGAAGACCGUCCUAAAGCGAUUUGUGGUCUCUGCACGAACAUGGAGUACAGAAUACGUAGAAUCAAAUAUGGGUGAUUUCAAGGUCUUCAAUGAUUGUAUCCACGGGCACAUUAAAUUGAACCCACUGUGCGUGAAGAUAGUUGAUACACCACAAUUUCAGAGGCUUCGAAAUCUGAAGCAGCUUGGACCUGCUUACUUUCUUUAUCCUGGAGCAUGUCACAAUCGCUUUGAACAUUCCCUGGGGGUAUGCCACCUUGCUGGAAAAAUGGUAGAGGCGCUCAGAAGAAACUCUGAUAAAAAUAUUAUUAUAACAGAUGGUGAGAAAUUGUGCCUGGAAAUAGCAGGUCUCUGCCAUGAUUUGGGGCAUGGUCCUAUGUCACACACUUGGGGAAAAUUCCUACAGUCUCAAAGCGGCAGUACACCCAAAAAGUGGGAGCAUGAAGAAGCUUCUGUGAUGAUGUUUGAAUAUCUGCUGGAGAAUAAUGGCCUACGUGAAGCGGUGAAGGAUGCUGUACCUGAAAUGAAAGAAAAUGCAAUACAGUUUAUAGAGGAGCUGAUCAGAGGUAAAGGAACGGUGAGAAGCAACAAGAAAUUUCUGUAUCAGAUUAUAUCUAAUCAGGAGAAUGGCAUUGAUGUCGACAGAUGGGAUUAUUUCCUUCGAGAUGCAAAACAGCUCAAUCUCAAUAUCUCAUUUGACUACAGUCGCAUACUGGAGUUCUGUCGUGUGAUUGAGGUUAAUAACGAGAAGAUCAUCUGCUUUCGUGAUAAAGAAAGGCACAGUAUCUACGAUAUGUUCCAAGUUCGAAUGACUCUGUUCCACAAAGCAUGUUUACAUGACGUAGUGAGAACUAUUGAAGAAAUGUUCAUUGAUGCUCUUAAGGCGGCUGAUGAAGGCGGAUACAUGAUCCAUGUGUCAGAUGAUAUUAAAUACAAGUUAUCAGAGGCACACAAGUAUGCUAAAGCAUUGAACCGCAUGACUGAUCACAUCAUCUUUGACAUUUUCUACAAUAUAGAGGGCAAGUUCAAAGAGGCGAAAGAAUUACUGUGUCGCAUUUUGAAGAGGGACUUGUACACAAUUUUGGACAGCAAGAACUUCUCAGCUGAAUUACUGGCGAGAAUGAAUAACACACAGGAAGUUGAUAAAGUGAAUAAAGCAGUAGCAGAACUUGAGAAAGAGAUUCAAGAGCACAUCAGAGAGAUUAGUAAAGACCUAAAAUAUUGCAGUUAUAAAGAUUUUAAGGCGAUAAAAAUUAAACUGGACAUGGGUGUUAAGAAGAAGCGUAAGUCAGAGAAAAAUAAUCCAUUCAGUAACAUUUACUUCUUUGAAAAGGAUAAUGUGGAUGAAGCAAAGGAGAUGGAAUGGAAGGAUGUGACAGUUUUUCCAGUCCCCGAAGAAAGUAUUCAUCAUAUUCAUUUCCUUAUCAUAUAUAAGGACAUGGACAAUAAGAAACGUGUGAGCAGGGAUGCCAACAUGAAGAAGGAGCUGGAUGAUUUUCGAGUUAAACUCAAGGAAAGCUGGGGUACGUUUGGAAACAGAUCAGAACACCGAGUAGGUGAUAUGUAACUGAUGCCAGGAUAGCUCAGAUGGUAAAGUGACUGGAAUCAGGCUCAAUGGCUAGGUUUCAUUCCAUGCAGGAGGAAGGCACUUUUUCUUCAGUGCUGCCUUCUUCUGGCUUUGAGACCUAACCAGCUUUCAAGUGGAUUUUUUUUAAAUGUCUCUCGCCUCACUGAAUGUUCCUUAUCACCUCAGAAGUUCACGCUGCUGCCAUAUUAGUAGCAGCAAAAUAAUCUGUGAUGAAUGUAAAAGACAUUCUUGAAGCACAAUGGACUCAUGAUUAUCCAGAUUGGUUGGAAAAUAUAUUUUCAUGGAUAAUCUGCAAAAGCGAUAGAGAAAUACGCUACUAUAACAGAUAUAUAAGUUUAUUUACAGACAAUCACUACUUCAAUUUUUAAAGAUUUAUUAAUGACAGAAAGGAUUUUAUAUAUAAUUUAAUAGGGCAUAUAACAAUUAUUUUUAAAAAAGAAUCACAACAAUUACAUCAUAAACUUCAUGUUUUAGUAACGAUUUAUGUUAAUAUGUUAAAUACUCUGUCAUUGUUGUGUUUAUUCCUUUCUUUUUCAACUUUCUUUUAUAACAUAUUCAAAAUUAAUUUUUACUUAUUAUUUAUACCAGAUAGAUGGUGGUUAAUCCAUAACCCAGUUAAUCCACCCCCUCUUCCCAGGUAAUUGGGAGUUUACUGCAGUUAAAAAACUAAUGGAAUUUUCAGAAUGCUAAACUAACCUUUACAAAGUUUUAUUUCAGGUUCUCAUUGCAGUGAAUUUGAAGACGGCUAUCUUCUGGGUUGUUGCGCUAUGCAGAUUACGUGGCGCAACAACACAGAAGACAGCCAUUUUGAACAUAAUACUAUUUUUAUCUGAAUUAUAGCUAAUUUACAAAGAUAUCAAGUUUAGUAAGUAAUUUAUAUAAAAAAUUAUUAAAUCAUUUGCUUCUUAUUCUGCUGUGUUAUUCUAUGCCAGUACUUAAAAAAGACGAGUGGUGCACAAGACGAUUGUCAGUAUCAAGAUUAUGUUACCAAUGUCAUACUGUGGAAAAUAUUAACAUCAGCUAAGAUCUACAAAUCUUUGUUAAAACAUUUUCACCAGUUGACGUAUUUAUAAAUAUCACGUGCGUUUAUUGCGUUCAGUGUGAUUACAAAAUGAUUUUACUUUGUAAUGGAGAUUGUUGAUUUUGUUUAUUUAAAAAUGUUUUUAAGUUUUUCAUGUUUAAUUUAAAGUGUAGUAAUAAAGAGGUUAAUAAUAAAUGUAGUAUGUCUGCGAUGCAGAUAAGUAGUGAAGAAAGUUCUGUUUUAUCUUCUCUCUGAGCACAGUAGUGCUAAUGCCAUCAUUUUUGUGAACCUCUAACCUUAUUUUAAGGAAAAGACCACAAAUAUCCAUUUUUCCUGUUAUCUUGAAAUGGCAGAAAUAUUUAUUUGAAUGUUAUUUAGUUUCUGUGUUGAAUGUGGAUUUUUCACAAGUAUUUUGUGUUUCAGUUCACCCUAUAAGUAAAAAUGUUCACAGUAUAAAUCUGAUUGAGAGGCUUAUUCACUGAAUACUUUUGCUAAUGGUUUCAUAAAGUUAUUUUCCAUGUGAA